AUCCACAAUACUACAAAAGUAACAUUACAUUACCAUUAAUACCAUUUUACCAUCGCUUUUACUCGUUUUAAGUAUUUUCGGUUCCCUAGUAUUUGAUAUUCUGACGUACUACACAUUAUUUUGUUCUACUCCCACACAUUUGACUAAUUAUUAUAGUUUAUUUAUUUGCGUUGCAUAACAUAAUUAUUGCCAAUCGGUUUGACUGGCUGGCGGCUGCGUGUCUCUGCUUGGUGCUGUUGAAGCCCUCAAUUCUCUGGUUCCGAAUUGUUGCGGUAUCCGGAUCCGGGCACUGUCGUUGGUCGGCAAAUGGCGAUAUAACAUAAUAUUAUUAUGUCGGCACGACGAUCGGAUCGAUGAAGCCGAACGCGGCUGACGAGCAGCUUGCCGCUGUAUUUGUUAGUUAUUUUCGGGCGACGAGCAAAAUACUAUUGUUCGAAAACAGUGAUGACUGUCUCGAAUAUCAAAAUUGAAAUUGCAAAAUAAUUAACAUAUCUAGUAAAAUAAUCUGUAGUUGCGUGUAAACUUGAGACGGCUCGUGCUAGCUAAACUUGGAAUCAUGGUGGAAGACAAAAUCCUGUACACUUUCCGGGGGUGGUUGGCAUUUGUGGCCUUCAUGGACCUUGGUGUAACAUUUCGAUCAUUUUUCGAAAACAAAUGUAUCAUUGGAACGCAGACUAAUUUACAGGCAGACGAACAUUUUAUACACGAGGAAUUAACUUUGCCAAGAGUGUUGGGUAUGUUUUCACUUCUUAAAGCUCUAUGUUUGAUACAUUGCUCAUUAUUUAUUCACUAUAAGCCAAUGGUCAGUAUUGGUGCUAUGUCUAUGGUCUUAUCUAUAGUUUUGUAUCUUAGUGAAGCAAUUCAUUACCGUUCAACUACAUUAAAUUUCUUUAUUGUUUUUCCAAGUAUUUUAAAUGGUUUAACAUUGAUUGGUUUAUACUUAAUUGUACGCAAGAUUAAUAAGCCACCAGUUGAAUGUGUGGAAGAAAAUGUUGAAAUGUUAAUGACUAAACUCAAAUAUCAAAAAAAUAAAAAAUAUAUUUGUAAAAAAAAAUAAGUAUGACUAUGAUAUAGAAUAUAAAAUACAAGAAAAAUCAUUCAAGAUUUAUGGAAACAUUUGUUUUUUCAAUUUUAUAAAUUUGUAAAAGAUUGAGCUUUACUAGUUUUUUUAGUUAAAUUGUUCUUCAAUAUUUAUAUUUAAUUUUAAUGUAAUGUAUUCAGUUUGUAAGUAGCUAUGAUCUAAUUCAAAUUUAUAAGUUUUCCUGAACUAAGUAGUUUUUUAACUCACUUAUUUUUU